UGGCUAUUUAUAAAAAAAUAUGGAUUUAAAUUAAUUAUGGUGGAUAUAAGUAAUAUAGUGUAAAUCACAAAUAAUUUUUAAAGUUAAAUUUGAAGUUUUGCUUUUGGAAAAAAAAACACUUUGAAACUUUAAAUAUAGAGUUUUGCAAACUCAAACUCUAAAAUAGAUAGUAUUUUUAGAGAUGCUCUAUGAUGAAGCCAAAUUCAAAUUAUAAAUCAUUAAUUUCCUUUCUCUGUUGUCAACGGAUAAUUAAAUUUUCUUUUAACUAAAACAAAAAAAAAACAACUUAAAUGGCGGCACUGAAAACUUUAUAAUAUUACCUAAAAUAAAUAAUAAUUAGCAUUCCAAACAAUUUGUCGUCAACGUCUCCCUCUACUUUCCAAAUACAUCGUGGGUAAUAUUUAUAGUUGAGGUUCAGGUUAGAAGUUGGGCAAGAUCAAACCUCUUCUCCUCUUUCUUUUUUCUUCGCCUUCUAAUCUUCUUGGAAGAUUAAUUCAAAGUUCGUUUAACUUUUAUAUCAGUUUAAAAUGGGUGACAUUAUCGGUCACAAAGAUAGGCAAAUAUGGUUAUCCUCUCAUGUCCUCCAAGAUCCCUUGUUUGAUCAUUCCAAGAAACAUCAGUUGCAUAAAUCCCUCAAGAACCACAACUACCACCAUCAUGGCAGCGGUGGAUUCCGUCGACCCGGUGCACCUCCUCUCAGAGAAAAUUUUUCUAUGAAGUAUAAUACAAGGCAAAAUAAUUGGCAAAGGAGUAAGGGAGAGGACCAAAUGCAAGCAUUUUUCUUGGUUUCGCCGGGCCGUACAACACCUGGCACUGGCGUUUUUCUCCCGGCCAACGCUUCUCAUCCGCCAACCAAUAAACCAGCUUACUCGCCGGUGCUUCUCCCGACGCGUGUUGUUCAAGCGCUCAAUCUUAAUGUUCACAACAACGGAAUUCACAUUUCCCCCCGUUCAGAAAUUCGAGAAACUGAUUCUAAGUUGAAGAGCGAAAUGGGGCAAACACCUAUGGACGUUGAAGUCAAAACUCCGAUUGAUUCGCCGGAGAAACUUCUCCCGGAUGAAUGGAUUUAUUAAUGAUCCGACCAGGGUGCCACUGACCAAUUUUUACAUAUAUUAAUGUGGAGAAGUAGAGUCAAAUAAAAAGAAAUAUUAUAAUGAAAAAUUCUUGUGUCGUGUAUGCUUCGUUGCCUUUGGAUUAGUAGUCAUUAUACCCCAAAAUAAGAUCAACCCAUUUGUCACUACUGUAUAUAUUCAUGUUGUGAUAUAAGUUAUAACCAAUUUGCAAGUUUGUCUCUCCUUCUCUCUCUUUGUUUUGUUCUUUUUAAAGUUUGCAUAGCUUAGUUGUUGUCACAAUGUCUAAGUUAAUCACUAAUAUUAGGCUAAAAGGAGAAUCAAGUAUGCAGUAAAACCCUUUAAAAAAAAGUAUGCAGUAAACCUUUUACAAUCGGUGCAAGAGUUAAAAUCAAUCAACAUUUUGCUGCUUUCUGCAAAACUUAUAUAGCAUCUCCAGUAUAUUAUUGCAUUGGAAUUCAAGUAACACUAUACUAGAAUUGAGUUUCUCUACAAUCAUACUCUAUUCAGAAUAAAAAAAAAUUAACAAAUAUAAAUAAAUAAAUGAAUUACCCUAUUUUAAGUAACAUAUUUAACUCUAUUGUGAAAUAAAAAAUAAAUCAGAUUUGAAAAGAUUUUACUAUAAAAAUCUAUUUACAGUAAAAACAGAGAAAGGUUGAAAAUAUCAUCGAAACUAUAUAUAUAAUAGAAUAACAAAAUAAUUUAAAAACAUUUGUUUCAAAUUGUCACUAGAAUGAUAUAGUUUUAAAAUAAUCUAAUAUAUCAAAUGACUACAAAAAAAUGGGCUUUUGUCAAAAUUAACCUAUAAUUUCAAGUCAGCCCUAAAACCAACCUCUUUUUUUCCAUUAUUAUUCACCCAUAAAAUCUCCAAACCCUCCUUAAAGAAAUAUUUUAAGUUUUCAAUCACUUUAACAAAUAUUUAAAGUGACGGUCACAGUUUAUAAAACUAAAAUCUCUGCAACUAAGAAAAAGAAAAAAUAAAUAGAAGCCAAAAUCCUUAAGGAAGUCAUUAAUAGUAUUUUGUUUUAGUUAAUAAAUUGUAAUCUUAUUUAAAAUUUAAUAAAAUAAUUAUUUUGGUUUCAAUUUAUAUUAAGGUUUAGGUGAAAGCGUUAGCGUCGUGAAAAUUAGCGUUUUUAUUUUUUGUAGCUAUUUUUUAUUUAAUUUAAUAUUUUUUAAUUAAUAAUCUAUGUGGAAAUUUGAUUGGUUUUAAAGGGUGGGGUGAAUUUAAAGGUUCUGUCCUUUAUUAAAUACUCUGAUAGUUAAAGGCAGCCAAUUAAAUUAAGACAGAGCCAUUCAUUACUAGUGAGCAGGACCCUCUGCUUCUCCUUAUCGUAAUGAACCUUCAGUAAGAAAAUCACAUUUGUUUAUCUUGAGGCUCCAGUAAUGUGCUAAUGAACAAUGUGCACUUCCACAUGCAGAGUCCUGAAUAGAAAAGGCUUAGAGAUGUAAGUAAGAAGGUGAGAGUUGAUCAAAGCUGCUGCCAUGUAAAUCCAUGUUAGUUUCUUAACCUCAGUGACCCCUAUUUUAGGAAAAAAGAGUCUACUGCAGAAAUCAUUAAGGAGAUCCUACAGGAGCAGCAGCGGUAACAUUCAUCACUUUUACAGGGCAUUUCAUGAUAUCAUCAGUUUUUGGUUGUAAGGAAUUUAUUUUUGUUUGUGUGAAAUGGGUGAUAACCAUGAUUCUAUCUGUUGUAGUUCCUCUAACAUCGACAAUGGUAGCUCCGUUCAAGGCUUUAGAGAACGUGGAGAAAUCAUUUGAGCUGUACUCGCAAGUUGUAAUCACAGGGAAUUUCAGUUCGAUGAAGAAAGAUCCUUAAUUUGGCUUCACAAUCAUCAGUUAGAAUCCCUGAGUGAGUUGAAAACUCAACCGUGUCAGAAGAACCAACCAGUCCGUUUGAGAAGACAGUGUGAGCAGAAGCUAAUGUUGAGCUUGAGUCACAAGGUCAUGAUCAUGAAGAUCCCAACAACUAGACAGCAUUGGAGCGAGCUUUUGUUUAUUUAAAACCAGGAUAUCUAAUUCAUAAAAUAUUUUAGUGUUAACACAUUCAAAUGUGGUUAGAAAGUUAAGUUGGACUCAAUCUUAGAUAUAUGGUUUUGGAUGGUUA